UGAGCGGCGCAGCAUGGGCAGGCGCUGCUCCUGGCGGCGACGCGCCUUGGUGGCCGCGGGUCUGGGCGCUGUGCUGCUGCUGCUGUGCGCCCUGCGCCCCGCAUUUGAAAACACAGCCCUGGGCUCCAUUUGGCUCAGAGGGGAGAAGAAGAGUCCUCUGCAGUUACUCUAUGACCUGGACCAGGGUCCGCUCUCGGCCCUGGCGGAGGUGCACCGGCAGCGUCGCGAUCUGCUGCGCCGCGCCUGCAGCCGCCACACGCGCCGGCAGCGGCUGCUGCAGCCGGAGGACCUGCGGCACGUGCUGGUGGACGACGCGCACGGGCUGCUCUACUGCUACGUGCCCAAGGUGGCCUGCACCAACUGGAAGCGCGUGCUGCUGGUGCUGAGCGGCCGCGCCCGCGGCGAUCCGCGCGCCAUCCCCGCGCACGAGGCGCACGCGCCGGGCCGCCUGCGCUCGCUGGCCGACUUCAGCCCCUCCGAGGUCAACCGGCGCCUGCGCGCCUACCUGGCCGUGCUGUUCGUGCGCGAGCCCUUCGAGCGCCUGGCGUCCGCCUACCGCAACAAGCUCGCGCGACCCUACAGCGCCACCUUCCAGCGACGCUAUGGCGCGCGCAUCGUGCGKCGCCUGCGUCCCGGCGCCCAGCCCGAGGCGCUGACCCGCGGCCACGACGUGCGCUUUGCSGAGUUCCUGGCCUACCUGCUGGACCCGCGCACGCGGCGCGACGAGCCCUUCAACGAGCAUUGGGAGCGUGCCCACGCGCUCUGCCACCCGUGUCGCCUGCGCUAUGACAUCGUGGGCAAGUUCGAGACGCUGGCCGAGGACGCGGCUUUCGUGCUGGGCCUGGUGGGCGCCCCGGACCUGCGCUUCCCCGCGCCUCCGCGACCCCGGGCGGUGCCCGCGCGCGAUCUGGCCGCGCGCCUCUUCCAGGACAUCAGCCCCUUCUACCAGCGGCGCCUCUUCGAUCUGUACAAGAUGGACUUCCUGCUCUUCAACUACUCGGCCCCCUCCUACCUGCGGCUGCGCUAGGGCCCCCCCGGGGUGGCCGCAGGAAGGGCAGUGCUGUCCCCGCAGAGCCUGGGACGUGGCGGCUGCGUGGGGGUAUCCGUGGGCCCGAGAAAGACCUCUCCUUUGAGAACCAUGGCGAACACACCGAGCCAGCCAGGUGGGCGCAGGUCCCCCGUGGCCAGAUUGGGAUACCACCUGGCUCAGGUGGCUGUGGACCUGUCACCCUGCCUCUGCCUGUUUCUUCUACCUGCUCCAGGGGACAGGUACCUUCCCAAGCCGCUCGGGUGGCCAAGAGUUUAUAAUCCAUUUUUGAUUUUUUUUAGGCUGCAAGUGGCCAAUUUGGGGGUCAAAUCUGCCCCCAUCCUGCUCAUGGGGCCAUAGAGCAGAAUGCUACCGUGUGACUCUUGUGGCCCCAACCUUGUGCCCUUGCCCACCUCACCCACCCGGGCAAGGACAGACCUGGCCAAGGGGAGAAGAUCUCCAAUGGCCAGCCUCACGUGAGGGCCACUCGUGGAUCCAGAGUGACCUGCCUUCCACUCCGCGCGGGUCACAGAUGGGUGUCCCUUGUGGCUGGCGCCUCCGGAGUCCCCCUUUGAUCUCAGUCUUUCCAGAUACCAGGUCUUUCUGGGUGCCAGAGGAGCCCUGGGCGCACCUUGGUGGCAGAUGACAUAGGA